AUGUCUGCCAGCUCUACUAUCAACGUCAAGAACAUCGCUCCCGCCACCAGCGACAGCGAGAUCAAGGACUUCUUCAGCUUCUGUGGCAAGAUCUCUGAUAUCAAGGUCACCCAGGAGGGUGAGACCAAGUCCGCAGAGGUCAUCUUCGAGAAGGAGACUGCCAAGAAGACCGCUCUUCUCCUCAACAACACUCAGCUCGGAAACAACCAUCUUGAGGUCACCAGCGCCGGCGGCGAUGGCGAAGACGAUGUUCCCACUACCAAGAACGCUGAUCGCGACUCCGACGAGAUCACCCAGGAGGAGAAGCCCCGCGCCCGUAUCCUGGCUGAGUACCUCGCCCAUGGCUACGUCGUAGGCGAUGCCGCCAUCCAGCGUGCUCUCGACCUCGAUUCCCAGCACGGCAUCACCAACCGCUUCUUCUCUACCCUCAAGGGUCUCGACGAGAAGUACCACGCCACCGACCGAGCCAAGGCCACCGAUGAGAGCUACGGUGUCAGCCAGCGUGCCAACAGCCUCUGGCUCGGUCUGAGCUCCUACUUCGAGAAGGCCUCCAACACCCCCACCGGCAAGAAGAUCGCCGAGUUCUACACCGAGGGCAGCCGACAGGUUCAGGAGGUCCACGCUGAGGCUCGUCGUCUCGCUGACCUCAAGACUCAGGAGCACGGUGGAAGUGCCUACAAAGCCUCUGGUCUUGAGAAGGUCUUUGGCAAGGAGAAGACUUCCGGUACUGCCGCUCCUGAGGCCGGUCACGGUACUCUGGGAACAUCAGUUCCUGCUGUCUCCUCGGACGGUCCUACUGUGAGCGCUCCCGAGGGUGGUGAGAAGCACUAA